AUGGCAAUAUCGGAGCCAGAUUUUGGCCUAGCCACUGCAUACAGCUUGGUAAUGGUUGUGGCCCUCCUGGGAAACAUUGCAACCAUCUGUAACUUUAAGUGCAACGACUGGUUGAGAAUCCACAAGUGUCAUGUGUAUAUCCUGGGCUUAGCUGUGGCAGACUUGGGUACGGCUCUGGUGCCGUUACCGGUGAACGCGUUGAUAGCUGCCCAAGGAUUAUGGCCGUUUAGUCGGCAGGCGUGUAUGGCUUACGACUACUUCCGAAUUGUGAUUGAGAACAACGGAGUCUUAGUAACCCUACUCAUCAGUGUGGACAGGUGCCGACUUUUAUGGUUGGAUUUUAGUAGUUAUAUCAGGGGAAGUACCCCGAGGCGCGUGUCGCUAGAGUUGGGCCUUACUUGGCUCUUGCCUGCCGUGGGUCACGGUGUAAUGGCUGUGGUGUGGAUCAUCAUUGUACCGCUUGAUGAGCGAGACGCGGAGACAACACCAGACUGUCAAGAUGUACCUUCUGAUGCUGACAUUCCAUUCAGCGCAUUGUACGCCGUACUUCUUAUCUUCACCCCGGGAUUGUUUCUCGCUGUUUUGAACACUUUCACUUUCAUCGGUGUUGCGCGUAAACUCAAGCGCCGACGCCAGAUUGCUGACGGGGUGGCGUUUCGUGGUCCUCCUUCCUCCAACUUGGCGCCGAUGAAAAAGCAACAUUCUGCAUUUCCGAGAAGUGAUAAUGAUAAUCCUGAAGUACUGUCGGCUAGAAUGAAAGAAUCAAAUAUUCCCUCACUGUCCUUUAACGUGGUUCAUGAUCAUCAGGAUGGCUUGUCAAGUACACGGUGUGGCAGAGAUGCUCGUCCAACACUGGACCGCACUUCGGAGGAGACUGCUCAACCCGGGCCGAGUGCCGCAGUGGAGAAAGUAGCCCAUUCACAUAAUGUGGUCUUCCACGGGGCCCUGAGCAUAUAA